AUGCUCAAUACUCUUCAGCGAGAAGGGGCAGCAUUCUUUCGCCUGGCGAAGGCUUGUAUGGAGAAGGAGAGGAGGAUGAACUUGACAAGGGGCCAGAGUCAGUGUCGAUGUGGGAUAAAGUCUGAGUCAAAAAGCAGUGCGAUGUUUUGCCGCACCAGUUGA